CCGCAGGGGCAGCUAAGCAGGACCCAAGGCUCAUGUGUCAGAUGGAUUCAUUCCAGUUGCUCUCACUGGCUGCCACAGCAGAUUUGCCUCUGUGCAACAGGGAGCUGGAGCUGGAGCUGUGCACCUCCUCUGUGUAUGAAAACACUCUGCAAACAUGGCUGGUAAGAUUCAGACUCUGACUGAAGAAGAGAGGGCCCACCUACUCCCCCUUCUCCGCAACGCUCAGUGGGUGGAGGUUGUGGGGCGGGACGCCAUCUACAAAGAGUUUGUAUUUAAAGACUUCAAUCAGGCUUUUGGCUUCAUGUCCAGAGUGGCUCUACAAGCAGAGAAGAUGGACCAUCACCCUGAGUGGUUCAACGUCUAUAAUAAGGUCCAGAUCACUCUUAGCACCCAUGACUGUGGAGGUUUGUCCCAGCGAGACAUCACUUUGGCCACCUUCAUUGACCAAGCAUCUCUGAUGUGACCAACAUGUUAUCAGUCAUUUCAACUGUGAAAACUGUGGAAGUGGAAAUCAUAGACCUUUAUCUCAUUCCACUCUAUGAAGAUAUGACCUGCAAAACCCAAUGAAUACGAACCAAUUACUUUGAGUUCAUUGCGAGUAAUGUGGCCGUCUGUAAAGAGCCCAAUGUGUUUUUGAAAAUAUGCUGUUGUUGGUUUUGCACAUGGUGAAUAUGAGAUUAUCAACCCAAAGGAAAUGGAGGAUCCAUGUAAUUCCUAAAAAACCAUUCCAGGUGUUCUAAAAUUUACAGGUACAUGUCCUUUUGUUGCAUCUAGUGUCUUAUGUGCCAAAUGUUUUUGUAUGACCAGAUGAUAAUUAAAGACUAAAUAAACGAUCAA